AUGUCUCACUACAAUAGACGGAAAUGCAUUUUUUAUUGCCAAUCUCUAUCAACAGUCAUCCUUCCCAAAAAUUUAGAAGUAAUUGGAAAUUCAGCUUUUCAAGGUUGCAAUAUAGCUUCUAUAAAUAUUCCUCAUGGCAUAACAGAGCUAUCAGGUUAUUGUUUUGAUAAUUGUGCAAUGCUACAAACAAUAACAUUCGAAGACAAUUUACAAUUAACAAAAAUUCAAAAAAAAGCAUUAGCCUCUACUCAAUUAUCAACUUUUUAUAUUCCACGAAAUGUUUUAUAUAUUGAAGGAACCGCUAUUAUCAAUAUUCCAACUUUAAUUUCAAUAGAAUGUGACAUUUUCAAUGAAUACUAUGCAGUUGUUGAUGGAAUACUAUACACUAAAGAUCAAAAGACACUAAUUGUCUAUCCAAAAAAUCACGGAACGGAGUUUACAUGUUCAGAUAAUCUUGAAACCAUUGAUGAAUUUGCUUUUUCAUGUACGUCGAUAGAACACAUAAAUAUUAAUCCAAAUCUCAAAAGGAUUAAUGGUAAUGCCUUUAGUAGUUCAAAAUUAAAUUCAAUAAUUAUUCCAAAUUCAGUAAUUUCAAUUGGAGGCAGAGCAUUCAAGGACUGUCUCAAUCUCACAUCAGUAUCCAUUGGAGAUGGUGUUAAAAUUAUCCCCACAAAUUGUUUUGAAAACUCAAAUAUUUCAAAUAUCUCACUUUCUGAAGGAAUUAUUCGUAUUGAAUCUCAAGCAUUCAUAUUAUGUAAUAACCUCAAGUAUAUAUUUCUUCCUAAAAUAAUUGAGUUCCUUGGCGGGGCAUGUUUUCCAAGAAAUAUUUCAAUUGAAAUUGCAGAAGGAUCAAAUUUUUCAGCUGAUAAUCAGUCAUUGCUUUACGGUGCUAAUAAACAAUCUAUUAUCAUGUGCUUCAGCCAGCUAGAACAAUACGAUAUCCCAGAUAGUGUUGAAAUCAUAAAAAAUAAUGUUUUUGAACAAUUUUCAGAACUCAAGACCAUUAAUUUUUCUCCAAAUUCUACAUUGAGCACAAUAAGUGACUCGGCAUUUCUAAAUUGUAAAAACCUUGUUAACAUAAACUUCCCUGAAUCGAUAAGACUGAUUGAUGUUAAUGCAUUUCGAUUUUGUUCUUCAAUUAAAAAUUUACAUUUCAAAGCUCUUGAAAACAUUGGUAAUGGUGCUUUUGAAGGAUGUACAUCACUUGAAUCCGUAGUUUUCGAUGGAAAUGGACAUUUGAUAUUAAGACCAGGAGCUUUUUCAAGUUGUAUUAAUUUAAAAACAAUAAUAUUCAAUACAAAUUUGACAAAUAUACAUAGUUAUGUUUUCAGUUAUUGUGGAUUUACAGAAAUAGAAAUUCCUAGUUCAAUAAAAAGUAUCGGAAGUAAUGCAUUUUCGGGUUCUAAAUUAACAAAAAUAAACUUUUUAGGUCCUUCUUCACUUAAAGUUCUUGUUGCGAAUGUAUUUCAAGGAGCGACAUAUCUUACUGACAUUAACUUACCAGAAACAAUUCAAGAAAUCAAUGAAAAUGCAUUUGAGAACACUAAUAUUUCUUCAUUUGUUGUUCCAAAACAAACAAUUUCUAUUACUGAGUACGCAUUUAGGAACUGCAAACGACUUGAGAAUUUUAUUAUUCCAGAAAACUGUUCUCUUCAAAAACUUGGUAAUUUCCUAUUUGAAGGCUGUUUAUCACUGAAAAGAUUCGAAUGCAACGGAAGUGAAUAUUUUGAAGUAGAAAAUUUUGCAUUGUUUAACAAAAGCAAGACAUCAUUGAUCUGGUUUCCACCAGCAUGUGAAUGCCAGUACUUCUAUGUUCCAACAACACUGAGAGAGAUUUCAGGUGCUGCUUUCUAUUGCUGUCGAAACUUAGUUAAUAUUUUGAUUCCAGAUAAUUCAGUUGAAAAAAUAUGUAAAUAUGCAUUUGCUAAUUGCACAUCAUUAAGUCAUAUCAACAUUCCUAAUAGUGUUAAAUAUAUUGAAACUCAUAUUUUCUACAAUUGCUUUAGACUCAAUUGUGGUGUUGAAAUCCAAAACAAAAGCGCGUCAUUCCUUAAACAACUUAUCGAAGUUGGCCUUCUUGAUAAAAAAUCCGUUCAAGAAUGCCGUGUAAUUACAUGCAUUAAGAUAAGCCACUAUCGCUAUUACAUGGCUUAUGCUCUUGCUAUCUUAAAUGAUGGCAGACCACUAGGCUUAUUCUAA